AUGGCGUUUUCAUUGAGGAAAAUGCUAUCCAAUAUUACUUAUUUCAAAAAAUCUGAGGAUAGCCCUGAGAGUAGCAUAUCAGAUCCUAAUUUGAAGAAACGUCGACACACUUACGUGGGUGAUGAACCAAUUAUUAUAAAUUUCGAGUCGACAGAACCAGACUCAACAUAUCGACAGUGCACAAGUCUAAAAUUACCUGAAUCUGUGAAAAAUUUUGCUGCCAAAAAGGGUUCUUUGUCUGACACAGACUUACUAACUCUAAGUGUUGAUGCUCCUGUCCGAGAGAAACGCCGUAAAUGCAGAAAACUUAAAUUAGACAUCAGAAAAGCGAGUCAGUCAAUGAAUCAGUUAAGUGAAGACAGCUUAAGCAAUAUAGAAAAUACACCAAAACAUGUUUUGUUAGAAUGCAAAAGUUCUGAUGUAUUCAGCGAAAGGUUCCGAGGUUUUGAUUUUAAUAAAUCCUUCGACUUGUUUGAUGCAAUCUCUGAUGAUCAUCCUUCAUCACCUUUUGAAGAAGAAGAUGUAGAUAUUGAUUCGUUAUCUGACCACUCUGACUCCAACAUAUCAUUGCCGUCACACAAAUCUAUCAAAAUGUGUAGAAAAGUAACCGAAACAGAAAGUCAGUCUAGUGAUGAAAACCAAUUAGUACCAUCAGCGAGCCUUGAAUCUUUUGCUGAUGUAGAACUAGAUAAAAAUGAAGAGGAACGAAUGCAAUUAUUGCUCAAUUAUCAAAUGAAAUUGGAGAAAAUGGAAUGCUUUUUAAAAAAACUACUACACGAAUUUCAAUUUCACAUUGAAGUAUCUAAAGUUUUCCGCUCAAAAUCUAUAGUUACUGCUCUUCCUGGUACUGAUAUUUCUAAUUUACCAAAAUGUCUAGGUCAAGUGAAAUAUGUGAAUAGCUUUAAUUCAAGUGAAAGAAGUUCGAGCCCAGCCAAUUCAUGGAAUAUUGUAAUGGAAAAGGAUGAUGACCAAACCAAGUUUAAAAUAAAAAAACAACUGUUAUCUAUGAAACAUUGUAUAGAUGACUUUGUAAAAAUUAAUUUACAGAAUUACAAGGAGAAUAAAGUAACAAAAAGCAUAACCUUUAAUUUCCAAAAAACAAAAACGUCUAAACAACAGAGUGCUAGUCAUAAGAAGAAAAUGAAACACUUUGAUUUCCCUGAUCUCCGAGAAGCCAUGAUUAAUUUAUUUUCAGCAGACAAUAUGGAUUCUAUUAACUUUUACAACGAGAACAUAGAUAAUAAAUGUGUGUGUAAAUGUCACGAGCCAAGUUCUCCGUCGUCUCAAACAGAUUCUGGAUUAACUUCAAAAACAGAUUGUUCCACAUCUAUCACAUCUUCGAUUGGUAACUUUAGUUUGGAUUCUUCAACUUUAACAGCAUAUUCUGAAUCAUUAGACCAGAUUGUGAGUUAUAACAGCUUUCAAGAUACGAGCCUGUACAAUACAUUACUUCAAAAGGCUGCCAUAGAAAGAAUAACAUUCUAUGUCCAAGUACAUAGUAUACAAUUAAAAUGCGAUUCAGAAGAAAUAGAAUCUAAAAAUACAAUAAUAUUCCAUUGUCCCUCAUGCAAAGAUACCCAAAAUGAAGAAAAUGGGCUUCUAAGACAUAUUUUAAGUCAAACUCACUGUGAAAAAAUACAUUUUCUUUACAAAACUGCAUAUAUUAAAAAAUGUAUGUCAACUGGUAAAGAGAUCCAGCCAAGUACAGUGUUAAACUCUAUGAAAAUGUAUAGAGAUGAUAAUAAAAUCGUUUGUUUUGGUGACGCAGUGUAUGCUUGUUCUCUGUGCUUUGAAAAUUUAAUCGUCGGGGAAUCUGUUUUGAUGGCACAUUGUGCGGAACCAGAACAUAUAAAUAGAAGGGAAAAACUCGCAGAUAUAAUUGCUACCUACAUAAAGGUU